GACAAUAACCUAUUAAAUCUCCAUACAGGAUGAUGGCGAAGACAUCAUUACGACUGACUAUUGGCUGCUUAUGCCUGUUCUUCACCCUGACUGACGUGUCAGCUGUUCACAAGAUCAAGUCCAUCAAUGGUUUGAAGAAAAUCAACUUUGAGAAUUCUGUGCCAAAGCACAGUAUUAUUUUGCUCUACUGGUUUGCCAAUACCAUUGACAUUGACAAUAACGAUGUCAUACGGCUGACCUUUGAACCAAACACAGGAGAUUACGGCUCUCAUCAUUAUGGCAACUAUGAAAGAAUUCUGAAUCCGCUGCCUCUGGGGAAUAGCAGAUAUCGGUACUACACUGUUGGCAAUCUCAACCCAAAUCUUAACCACAACAGCUACAUGCAACUCCCGUCUUAUGUCGUCAAUCCCCAAAGGGAGUAUGAUGGAAGAAACCGAGAUCGGAUCAUAUUCAGAGUCAGGGAGCAGACUGUGGGAAAUGCUGAGUGGCAACAGAUAGAUGAAGUGUACAUCACACAGCAUUAUGAGACUCAUGAAAAUCAGGGGACGAGGUAUGAUCCAGAACGCACCUACAUGAUCACAACCAACCUCUUACGACAGCUGAGAGAGUUCUCUGUGGAAAGGAACACACUGUCAGAACUCAGAGAUGACUUUGGGAGUAGCAUUGAUGAUUUUCAGUUGAGGCAGAUUCAAAUUAAAUGGGGUGACCUUGCUUGCCUUGGACUCCUACUGUUUAUUGUGAUCCACAAAAAGUACUCAUCUGACCAACCUGACAAAAGACCCCAGCAUGUGGUUAGAAGAAACACACAACGUGAUUUAGUCAUCGACAUGCCCGAUGACACACCAUUGUUUUUCCAAGGUCUCUGCCUUGAGGUUGGAAAAGAAGUUACACUGCAGGUGACCACAGGCCCAAAUGGAAAUGCUCAAAUUAAAUGGGAAAAUAUUCCUGCAUAUUGGCUAAAUGAGGGCGCAAUGGUGGUACUUUUCAAGGACAAUAAUGACCAGGAAACCAGUAGCAUUUAUCAGUCAAUUGGCAACAGAGCAAAAGGUACUUUUGACACCUCAGUAAAGUUAAACGAAGGUCUUCAGGCUCGGUUGCAUAAGACCGAAAUAUGGUGCUGCUGCUUCACAGCUGUGGGAGAGGAGAUUUUGAGGGGCACAGAGUUUCACAACCCUAAAGCAGUCAAACUAAAUGACUACGAUGCCUUCAUCCAACUCUUUGUGAAGAAUGGCAAAGCAUGUGCUCGCUUAUAUGUGAGUAGGUCUUUCAGUAACUGGAAGUCAGAAUUCACCAAAUCUUGGGUUGGGUUCUACACCUCUGUAUGUAAAGAUGCAAGGGAAUGCGAAUGGAUGCAGUGGCAGUGGGCAACCAAAUUCAAAAGAUGCAAUAAAUUAGACAAUAAAACUCACAAAGUCUAUGAAUAUUGCUCAGGUAUGGCAAUUGCUUCAGGAGUUCAAGCAAGAUUUUUCCUCAGGGAUUACCAUCUCAUCGCAAACACUCCAAAGUGGAAUUACUAAAGAACACUGAAAAUACACU